UUUAUUUUUUAUUUUCAUCUUUUGGUAUAUCAUUUCGGAAGACAAGAUAGCAUCUGCUGAGAAGAAACUUUUUUACGCUUUUUUGAGGAUCUUCUUCAACUAACUCCUGAUUUUUUUUUAUCAAAAUCGUGCGAUCCAUUUUAAAGAAAAAUUUAAACUUUUAAGAAUUUUUUUAUAGCAGGCAGUGCGUUUGGGGCACAAAAUGUUUCGUAGCCGAUAUGAUCACAUUUCAGAGCUUAUUGAUCUCUAUCAACGACUUGAUUCGUCCAACAUCAAUUUAUUAUUAGAAGAUCCCAGUGCAAUUACUGAAGACUUAGAAAAAACCAGAGAACUUCUAAAAACUGAAAUUCAAUCAUUUGCCAUGUUUAUUAUUGACGGUUUACUUAGCCUCAACAGAACAAUGGAUAUAAAAUUUGUUGAGAAAAUCAUCGAAUUUAGUCCAUAUUUCUUAGGCGAAAUUUUAGCGACUUUGAUUUCUAAAUUUUAUCUCGAAAUUGGUUUUGAUUAACUUUUUAAAAUGAUUGUUAAUAUCAAAAAUAACAUUUCAAUUAUUUAUGCUAUCGAAGCUUUAUUCAAUAAAAUAAUUAUCGAUGGUGAAAAAUAUCGAGAUGAAGCAUGUAAGCUUUCAAAGAAAUUACGAGAAAUUGCUUUUAGUAAGGAUUUCAAUUCGCUAUCAUUUGAUUUAAGGUUAAAAGUUGAAAAUAUGUUUAAGCGUUUGAAACCUCACGCUAGACCAAUUAUUCGAAAAAGUUUUCUACAUGUUGGCCUCAAUAUACCGCGGAAAAGGGGCGAAGAAGUUCUACGUAGUUAUCCAAUUUUCUCAAAAACUGAUAUUUAAAUGAAUUCAUUAUGUUCCGUGACCGAACUGAACAGCUAAAUCAUCUCGUAGAACUUUAUCGAAGCACAGUCAAAGAUGGUUUUUCUGCUGAUGAUGAAAAAGUCCUCCAAACCAAAAAUGAUAUUCUUCGAACAGAAAUUGAAUCUUUUUCCACCAUUAUGAUUAACUUUAUGAUAGAAGACCAAGAUUUGGAUAUAGAAUUUGCUAAUAAGCUCUAUGAAUUUGAUUCUCAAUUAUUUAUAACAAUUUUUAAUGCGGCCAUUAAAAAAUAUUAUUGGACAAUUGGUUUUAAUGAGAUUUUUCGAAUGGUUGGUGGAUUAAAGUAUUUCUCUCAAGCUUUGGAAGGCUAUAAAACUAUUUAUGAUCAAAUUAAGGAUAAUUUAUCAAAUUAUCAUGAGCACUCUUACAAAUUACGUGAAAAACUACAACAAAUAACAAUUAUGAAAGAUUUUCCGAAAUUAUCAGAUGAAGAAAAGUUGCAUGUUAAGGAUAUGACAGAGGCAUUAGAACCAUACUCAAUGCUACCUAAACCAGUGAAAUCAAAAAGAGCACCAAAUUGGGCAGAACAUUAUAUGCUUUUGGCACAAUUGGAAAAUAGUUUUGAUGAAGAGCAACAGAAAUUUUUUUCACUAUUUCGAACCGAAACUUAGACAAUAUUUCUAAAUUCUUAAAAAAAAACUUUAAAAAAGAUAAGACUAAUAAAAAAUAAGAAAAUAAUAAAUUAUUGUAAGCUGGAAAGUGUUAACUAAGCUGAAUGGCGAACAAAAUGUGAUUAAAAAAAUGCCUCCCAUAUUUUGAAAUUAAGUAAUCGUUUUGCUAUAAUACUAAUUUUGUAUUCUACUACAUUGUCUUUUU